AUGGCAGUGGGCGUGCGCCUCCUGAGCGAUCGUGACUCCGAGACCACCAGCGUGGUCCUCGUGGUCGUCACGCCCGCGCCCAUGGUAAGGCCGACUCCCGCAUCAUCGAGGCACCCUACCACGGAUGAAUCUACAAUGGUGUCGCCAAACUGCAAGAGACGUUCUCACGAGGCCGCGCAGUCGCCAGCCACGAACGGUCGCCAAUCGAAGAACGACCCGCCGUUGCCCGGUGUACGGGUGAACGUGGCAGUGCGUGUGCGCCUACUGAGCGUUCAUGACUUUCAGACCGCAAGCAUCGUCCGUGUGCUGGGCGACAGGUGCCAUGUGUUCCACCCCAAGGCUGAGGCGGAGUCUUUCCAUAUUCAAGACAGGGGUAAUGUCAAGCCCAAUGAAGACCAAACGUUCAUGUUUUAUCAGUUCUUUGAUGAAACAGAAGACCAUGUGUAUGUGUUUCAGAACACCACCAGGGGCAUGCUGACGAUGCUCCUUGAAGGGUGCAAUUGCUCUGUGUUCGCGUGCAUUUCGACUGGUGCCGACAUAGCUUUCGCAUUGCUGGGCUCCGAGGAAUGCCCCGGAGUGGUCUCCCUCAUGCCCAGCGAGUUUUACCAGCACGUGGACAAGCUGCGGUCAGAGGGCCAGACAUGCGACGUAGCAGUCGCAUGUCUGGAAGUCUACAACAAGGUUGUGCGAGACCUGCUUUGCCUCGACCCGCCCAAGGACAUUGCCAUAUUGAACCUCACCAUACACAAGCAUGCCAACGACGCUGAUGCUGAGUCUUCAUGGUCGCACACCAUCUUCGAGAGCUACGUCACAGUACUGGAAACUGCGACAAGCACGAGCAAGGAAACUGGCAUCUCGAUGUGCUCUGGUGACCUUGCCGGCUCGGAGCACGCAGCUGCAGCCAGUAGGGACACAAAGGAUCAGAUGCGUGAGGGUACCAAGCUCAACCUGUCGCUCCUGGCCCUCGGCCACUACAUCGACCCCCGCUCGAAGAACGGGACGAAACAAGUGCCGUACCAGGACGCGAACCAGACCCACAUCCUCAAGGGCUCGCUGGGUGGUUAA